AUGCCCAGUCCCGGCAGCAACGCGCCGCAGGCCAAGGGCUUCCGCAGGGCCGUCUCCGAGCUGGACGCCAAGCAGGCCGAGGCCAUCAUGUCCCCGCGCUUCAUCGGGCGGAGGCAGAGCCUCAUCGAGGACGCGCGCAAGGAGCGGGAGAAGGCGGAGGCGGCGGCGGCCGCGGAGCCGGCGCAGCCCCUGGGGGCCGGGGCGUGCGUGGAGAGGGACGGGAAGGCCCGGCUGAGCCUGCUCUUCACCCUGCGGGGCACCAAGCCCUCGCCGCUCUCCCGUGCCCUGAAGGUGUUCGAGACGUUCGAAGCCCAAAUCCUGCACCUGGAGACCCGGCCGGCGCAGCGGCCGCGGGCAGGGGCGCCCCACCUGGAGUUCUUCCUGCGCUGCGAGGUGCCCGGCGCCGACCUGCACACCCUGCUGAGCUCCCUGCGCCGGGUGGCGGAGGAUGUGCGUGGCGCGGGGGAGAGCAAAGUCCUCUGGUUCCCGAGGAAAGUUUCUGAGCUGGACAAGUGCCACCACCUGGUCACCAAGUUCGAUCCCGACCUGGACUUGGAUCACCCGGGCUUCUCGGACCAGGCGUACCGCCAGCGCCGGAAGCAGAUCGCCGAGAUCGCCUUCCAGCACAAGCACGGUGAUCCCAUUCCCCGGGUGGAGUACACGGCCGAGGAGAUCGCCACCUGGAAGGAGGUGUACACCACGCUCAAGGGCCUGUACGCCACCCACGCCUGCCGGGAGCACCUGGAGGCGUUCGAGCUGCUGGAGCGCUGCAGCGGGUACCGGGAGGACAACAUCCCGCAGCUGGAAGACGUCUCCCGCUUCCUGAAGGAGCGGACCGGCUUCCAGCUGCGGCCCGUGGCCGGCCUGCUGUCCGCCCGGGACUUCCUGGCCAGCCUGGCCUUCCGCGUGUUCCAGUGCACCCAGUACAUCCGGCACGCCUCCUCGCCCAUGCACUCCCCCGAGCCCGACUGCUGCCACGAGCUGCUGGGGCAUGUGCCCAUGCUGGCCGACCGGACCUUUGCCCAGUUCUCCCAGGACAUCGGCCUGGCGUCCCUGGGAGCCUCAGACGAGGAAAUCGAGAAGCUGUCCACACUGUACUGGUUCACCGUGGAGUUCGGGCUGUGCAAGCAAAACGGGGAGGUGAAGGCCUACGGAGCCGGGCUGCUCUCCUCCUACGGGGAGCUCCUGCACUCCCUGUCGGCGGAGCCCGAGAUCCGGCCCUUCGACCCCGACGCUGCGGCCCUGCAGCCCUACCAGGACCAGACGUACCAGUCCGUGUACUUCGUGUCCGAGAGCUUCAGCGACGCCAAGGACAAGCUCAGGAGCUACGCCUCCCGCAUUCAGCGUCCUUUCUCCGUGAAGUUCGACCCGUACACGCUGGCCAUCGACGUGCUGGACAGUCCCCAAGCGAUCCGGCGCUCCCUGGAGGACGUCCAGGACGAGCUGCAGACCCUCAGCCACGCGCUGAACGCCCUCGCCUAA